AUGAUUUUAUUGUUCAGCGGUAAUCAAUCGUUCCCGAAUUUUCUCAAUUUUUCCCUCGACAUCAAUGGAAGCUAUGAAAACUUCUCCACCACUUUAGAGAAUGAUGAUACGCUUGCCGUUACAACUGUGCGGCUCAUUUGUGUUGGUUUUAUUCUGUGCAUUAUAGACGUUGUUGCGCUUUUGGGAAACGUCCUGGUCAUCGUCGCUGUAGCGUCGACCAAGAGACUAAAAACGGUAACAAAUUGUUUUGUCGUGUCGUUAGCAACGGCCGACUUGUUAUUGUCAUUAUCGGUGAUGCCUCUGGGAAUUAUGGUUGAAAUGGUCGGCUCGUGGCCGCUUGGAGCAGCCCUUUGUGACAUGUGGAUCUCUCUGGAUGUUUUGUUGUGUACCGCUUCUAUCCUGAACCUCUGCUGUAUUAGUCUGGAUCGCUACCUAGCCAUUUCUAGACCGUUACUUUACGCAACCAAAAGAAGUAAACGACUGGCGCUGUUGAUGAUAUUUGUCGUUUGGUGUGCGUCAGUUAUUGUAACAUGCCCGCCGAUAUUCGGCUGGAAAGAGCAUGGCAGGUACGAACAUUCUAACCAAUGUGGCCUCACCAAGGACCCAGGAUAUAUUAUUUACUCUGCCAUGGGGUCUUUCUUUAUUCCAAUGUUAGUCAUGGUCUUCGUCUACGCAAGAAUUUACAAAAUCGUCUUUGACAGAGAGAAGCGUCUGUUACCAUACCGACGCAGUCUUUUGCGUAGCCGAACAAAGAAAACUGAUUCUAGCAACAGUGACGAAAACAACGUGCUUCUUGUAAUGGAAAACCGACACACGUGCAGCGGACGAGGCCAGGCUGCUAAUAGUUUUCUGUCUCGAAAUGGACGGCAAGUGAAGAAGAGUAGUUCCAUACAGAAUCUACCUGGCUGUACCAUUGCCAAUCAAGCCACGACAACUUUCAACGCCGAGGUUCCUUUGGAAGAUACUCAUCACAGAAACUACAACAGUGCCUCUAAGACACCUAGGCGUAAUAUAGGCGCAGACAAAUUUAAAGAUGUUCAAAAGGCAGAAAAGGCGCUUAUUCUAAAAGAAGGGAAGACGGCCAAAUCUCUGGCCAUUGUUGUUGGAGGAUUCAUAAUUUGCUGGCUUCCAUUCUUCUGUGUUUAUGUUCUGCGGGCGUUUUGUUACACGUGCAACGUCAGCACACGGUUAUUCGUCAUUCUUACUUGGUUUGGUUACUUCAACUCUGUCAUCAACCCGUUCAUCUAUGCAUUCUCAAAUAUGGACUUUCGCCAAGCUUUCUGGCGAUUGACAUUUGGUGUUUUUGUGGAAAGCCCAGUAGCUGUGUGA